UGUUCUGCAUUCUAAUGCCAAUCUUUUCCUCCAUUUAUGUGAUAUUUUUGUUUAUUUGGUAGUCUGUGUAUCAUGAAUGUAAUCAUUGUUUAUUAUAAGACGACUAGUAAUUUGAUUUCUUCCACAAGUAUAUUUGGUGUGGUCUUAUUAGAUGUGGGAUUGGAUAAUGAAACAUGAGCCGGUGGUUUCAAGAAAGAAAGUUGCUCGCGUCCUAUUUUCCGUCAACCUCUUCGCCGCGGCUACCUGUCCCCUCUUUUAGGCUGUCGUUCAUAGAGCUAAGAACUCAAAAUAUUCAGCUGAUGAGGAUAUGGAGGAGACAGAUGUUAAAGAUCCAAAUUUAAAGCAAUCUCUGGAGUCUGCUACUUCUCAGAUUAGCCAGCUAGCUCUUUCUAAUAGUCCUACUGGUGUUGCCAAUCUUGCAGCUGUUUUUCUGUUCCCGCUUUUCAUAAAUUAUUUUCAGAUGGGUGUCACUGGAGCAGCCACUGCCACCGUUGUGUCUCAAUACAUAGGUAGCUUCUUGAUGAUUUGGUUUCUUAGCAAGAGAGUAAUAUUAUUACCUCCAAAAUUUGGAGAUCUGAAGUUUGGGGUCUAUUUAAAAUCUGGUGGAUUUCUGAUUGGAAGAACUGUGGCUGUUUUGAUAACUAUGACGAUUGGGACCUCGAUGGCUGCUCGUCAAGGUCCUCUAGCUAUGGCUGCUCAUCAAAUCUGUAUGCAAGUGUGGUUGGCUGUCUCUCUUUUAACUGAUGGAUUGGCCGCAUCUGGUCAGGUCUACACUCCGAGGAAUGCGCCUAUACUAGUGAGGAAAUUGAUGUGGUUAGUGAGCAACGGGCUAAGUCACCGCCAGUGCAGAAACCGUGAGAAGUACAAUCAGGAGGCUCGGGGAGCAGAAGGGGAGUUAGAUCUUUCAUGUGUACUACACCAAAGUGAGUUGCGAUCGGUUCGUUCCUCGGGCCGUGCUCAUGGACCCGAUAACUUAGUGUGGACUAGAGUUUCUGACCUUUGGAACUCUGAGUAA